UUUUGCACAAAUAGCCUUUCGGAGCAGGGUAGAAUUUUGAGUGUGUUAGAUUUGCUUUAAUCAAACAUCUGUGGGCUGCGUUCCGUGCGCAGGCGCGGCCAUGGACGGCCCGGAGCUGGCCGGCUGCACGGCCGACUGGUGCCCGGCUGGCGGCUGCCUGGCGCCGGUGCUGCUCUGCUGCUCGCUCGGCCUGCUGUACGUGGGCAGCCUGUACGUGUGGCGGUCGGGCCUGUCGCGCGACCACCCGUCCACCAUCCGACGCCGCUUCGUCAGCGUGCUGCUCGUGUCGCUGGUGUCGCCCGUGUUCCCGCACCUGUACCUGACGUCCGGCGCCGGCCGCGCCGCCCCGCUGGCGCGCCACUCGCUCUGGGAGGCGAUGGGGCUGCGCUGGGGCGGCCUGCUGCCGGCGCUGGUGCUGCCCUACCUGCUGACGGCGCUGCUCUUCCUCGGCCCUCUGCUGCAGCAGUACCACGUCGGCCACUGGAACCUCUACCUCGAGCCCAUGUACUGGUGGCAAAGCCUGCGCAACCUGGUGUGGGUGCGCAACCACGUGGUGGCGCCGUUCUCUGAGGAGUUCACCUUCCGCGCCUGCAUGGUACCUAUCCUGGCCACCUGCAUGCCGCCGCAGCAGGUGUACUUCUGCGUGCCGCUCUUCUUCGGCAUCGCGCACCUGCACCACCUGAUCGAGCGACUGAACCAGCGGCAAAAUGUGCUUUCUGCGCUGGCGGCCAGCCUUUUCCAGUUCGCCUACACCACGGUGUUCGGCGUCUACUCGGCGUACCUGUUCGUCCGGACGGGUCACAUGGCGGCACCCUUCAUCGCGCACGCCUUCUGCAACCACAUGGGCUUCCCGGACUUGUCUGGCCUGGCGUCGGAGCCGGAGCCGCGGCGCGCCGCGCUCGUGCUGGCGUACGUGGCCGGCCUGGCGCUCUGGUACCUGGUGUUGGGCGCGCUCACCACGCCCUCGCUCUACGCCAACGCCGUGUAUGUGGCGGCGGUGUGACGGCCGCUCACGCCGCCGGCCGCCGCCAGUCGUGAAGUCUUCAGAGGCCCGGCUGGGGCCGAGUGGCCGGCCGCAGCAGGGUGGCCGGUAGCCGGUGUCGUGAGAUCUCCAGCCGGCCCUGGGGCCCGGUCGAGCGCCGCCACCUGUAACCUGCAGGCGGCUCCAACGCCGCCGGCGCGAGCGUGACCUCGGGCGGCAGGCAACCGCGGCAGCGGGCUGACCGCACCGGGAAGACGAGAGGCAGGAAGUGGGGGCACGCGGCCGCCUUUAGCCGACUGCGUGUCGGCUGGCACGCACACUACUUGCGCAUGCGGUCCGUGGAAACACCUCCGGAUGAGGACGCAGCACCGACACAUGCGGUCGGGAAACACCUGAGGAGCGAGGACGCGGCACCGACGCACCUAUCGCACGGCAUUGGACGCGGACGGGGGUUCUGUACUGAGUUUGCCAUGGGUUGUGCCAGGUAGUUUGCAGUGCAUGCCGGACACGACACAGGUGGUGUGCAGGGAGCGAGCGCACAGGCUGGGGUGGUCGCAGGAUGGGCGCGCUCACGCAGUGAUAAUUACUGAAGUGCCAUAGAGGCGGAGGUUAGUCAGGAUAUUUAGCGGGCUUGGCGCGGUUUGUUGACGGUUCCUUUUUCACAAGGAGCUUGUCCCAACAUGCAUCGGUAGCCACGAUAGAGCCUUCUUACAGGCGGGGCAUUGCUUAAGUCAACACUUAGCUUGCGAGGUGCUGUGCGCGCAGAUUUGCGGCUUUACUAGUCGUGCAAGGUAGGGUCGUGGAACCGCGCAACGUCUUUGAAAGAGCUACCGAUGCUACAGGGCACAAAAGCGGCGUUGCGGUGAUACAGGGAGGCGUGGGUUGAGGGGCUUUCGCUGUGAUGAAGCACUAGUUGUUGUUUAGCUCAUGCCUGACAAACGCGUGUGCCGUGCAAUUGAAUAGGGCUUUUGACUGAACGAAACGCAAUGUUGCGGUGCAAUAGUGCACGGGUUGCUCUGUAAUACCGGUUUUCGUGUGACUGACAUUCUCCGAGCUGGGUGCAUAACGCGAGCGCACCCGUUUCUCUGGUCGCUGCUACUCGAAGGCACAUGACCUCGCAAACCUGACUAUCGCUUGAGCCUCGAGCGCUGCCAAGCGAUGAACAAAACACCAGGGGUCCUUCGGUUUGUGCGAUGCACUGGUGCCUGUGUCGGCUUGCGAAGACCCUCGGUGGAUUGGGACGAAGGGCACGUGUGGGGCCGCCCUCGGGCUGGCAAACCCUCCCCUGCGAGAUGUGAGAUCUCUAGCCCGGGUGUGUCAAUACAACUAACAAAUGCGUG